UGUUGCAGUUUGCAGACUGAAUUUUAAUUAUACCAACCAAAGUUUCCAAUAAAGUAAAAUAUGUAUGAAGCAUUAUAAUUUAUAGAACUAUUAGUUUCGCAAUUUCUGUUUCAAGGGAUUCCUUUAUGGCUGUUUCAUGUUAGUGUUGUCCAUUAGCAAAAACGUUGGACUCCACAUUCCCAGGAUCUAUUAAAUCUUGAUGUUCCUCUUCAUUAGCUAGGGAUGUUAAGCAUUUUUACUGAGAAUCAAAAACAGGAAAAAACAAUAUCAUGCAAGGGAUUCUGAUUUGCACCUAUAAUUGUAUAUACUUUAUGUCAACUCAAACUAUAUGUCCAAUUUUUCAUUUUAUAAAAAGCCCUCAUCUCUAUGUUAUGGAUCAUCCAAUGAACAAGCUAGUGUGCUUUCUGCUCAACAUGAUAAUGGAAUAACAGUUCAGAUUAAUGUUCUUAAGACCCAUCACAAAGUUGUACAUUCAGCUACCUCUACAACUGCUUUCCAUUGUCCGCUCAGAAUGAAAAUGGUGAGACUACGACGUCAUCAUUUCUAUAGACCAUAUGACUUCCCUUGGCGGCCAGCUCUAGAGGCUUCACUUAGACAGUGCUGGACAGUAGACACCACUUUACCUACAAAUGUAGCCUUAGUUCUCCCUGAAUGUGAAAGUGCCAACAAGUCAAAUCCUGGGAGUCCAGUAAAAGGUUACAAUGAUGGUGCUAUAAUCCCACGUUCUCGAUCUUUAGAUGACUUGAAAAAAGAUGAGAUGUCUAAUAACUGUAGCAGAGAAGCAGAAAAGACUGAAAUUGAUUCUGUGUCCCAGCAAAUUAGUGAAUUGCAUGUGGGUGAACCAGGGUUUGCAAUUGUACCGCCGGUACUGGUACCGACUACAAAUCCUGGGGUGAACUCAUGAAAAGCUUAGGGGAUGUUAAAUAUUCAUCUUUUUUUUUUCUGCAAUACAAAUAUUUUCUAAAAUAAAAUUAUUUCUAAUUUAUUUUUACUCAUGUUAUACUGGCCUUUAUAAUUACAUUUUGUGAUCUGUACUGUGUUAUUAUUAUGUUCCGUAUACAAGAGUAUACUGUUAUCAAUCCGAGUUAAUAAACAUAUUCUAAAGUCAUCUAUUUACAAGAACUGUCUAGUUCUCAGAUAGUUUAUUGAAGAAAUUGCCAUCAUUGUAGUGAAACUUUAGUUAAGCCCAAAUUUUGCUUCUAGAAUAAGCCUUUACUGUAAUGUAACUGAAUUACACUGUUUUUAGAGAGUUCUCCUUUCUGAUAUUUUCAAUCAGAUAUACCUGCUAGAUCAUGAUUUUAGAAAUUAGAUUUAUAUUUUGAAGUGUAGUUAUGGUUCAAAGUAUAAAAAAAAAGUUCAGAAAUAACUUGAAGCUACAGGGAAUCUGAUUGAGGUGUUUAAGAUUUGUAAGGGAAUUGAUGGUGCAUCAUCAUUUUUCUUUUGUAAUUAAUGGUGACAAUGAUAAGAUAUAGUUACAUUUUUCUGAAAGAAUGCAAUAAAUUUAAGAGAGUUUAAGGAAAGACUUGAUAAAUAUUUAAAUGAUAAGGACUGGCUUUGAAUGUUUUUUUGCUAUUUUGUGUGGAUGGGAUGGCUUGGUGGACCAAUAUGUCCCUUGCAAUCCUUAUAUUUUGUGUUAAGUUCAGCUAAUGUCUUGUUCAGGACUAAUUCAGUUCAACAUUACUGAUGUGGUUGUAAAAUGUUGAUAAACAUUCAUGAAUAACUGUACGAUUAUUAUAAAGACAUAGUUACCACUGAGAU